UGUUCUGUCUUGGAAGAGACCCGUUCAUUCCUUGCCACUGGAAGGCAAACCAACACCGGACCAUGGUUCGAUGCUCAUUGAAUAGGCUACUCACCCUUGCAUAGACCUGCUAUAGAAGGCUACGGCCCAGUGUUGGAAUUACAAUUGGAUUCAAAGAAAUGCUGUAAAACAAUCCAAUGGACAAUUACUCACAUCUACAACUGCAGUGUCUGGAGAUGACGACUAAGAGGAAGAUCAUUGGGCGCCUGGUGCCGUGCCGGUGCUUCCGGGGUGAGGAAGAGGUCAUCUCAGUGCUGGACUACUCCCACUGCAGUCUGCAGCAGGUGCCCAAGGAGAUCUUCAGCUUCGAGCGCACGCUGGAGGAGCUCUACCUGGACGCCAACCAGAUUGAGGAGCUGCCCAAGCAACUAUUUAACUGUCAGGCUCUCCGUAAACUGAGCAUACCUGACAAUGACCUGUCAAACCUGCCAACCACCAUAGCCAGCCUUGUAAACCUGAGGGAGUUGGACAUCAGUAAAAACGGUAUUCAAGAGUUCCCAGACAACAUUAAAUGCUGUAAAUGCCUAUCUGUUGUGGAGGCCAGUGUAAAUCCUAUUGCCAAGCUCCCAGAGGGCUUCACCCAGCUCCUCAACCUGACACAGCUCUUCUUAAACGAUGCCUUUCUGGAAUACCUCCCCGCCAACUUUGGGAGACUUUCCAAGUUACGGAUCCUGGAAUUACGAGAGAACCACCUGAAAACGAUGCCAAAGUCAAUACACAGACUGUCACAGCUGGAGCGAUUAGACUUGGGAAGCAAUGAAUUCACUGAACUGCCUGAAGUCCUGGAGCAGAUCCAUAACCUAAAGGAGCUGUGGAUGGACAACAACUCACUGCAGACAAUACCUGGGUGUAUAGGGAAGCUGAGGCAUCUGCGCUACCUGGACCUGGCUAAAAACAGGAUUGAAAGCCUGGACACUGACAUCUCUGGCUGUGAGUCCCUGGAGGACCUCCUGCUCUCCUCCAACAUGCUGCAGCAUCUGCCUGACACCAUAGGAAUGUUGAAAAAACUCACAACAUUAAAAGUGGAUGACAACCAGCUCACCUCACUGCCUAACACCAUUGGAAGUGGACGCGCCAAAUUAGGUUUAUCGCUUUUAGAAGAGUUUGACUGCAGCUGUAAUGAAUUGGAGUCCCUGCCCCCAACCAUUGGCUACCUGCAUAACCUCCGCACCUUUUCUGCUGAUGAGAACUUCCUUGUUGAACUACCCAGGGAGAUUGGGAACUGUAAGAAUGUGACAGUCAUGUCGUUGCGCUCCAAUAAGCUGGAGUUUCUACCUGACGAAAUUGGGCAGAUGACCAAGCUACAUGUUCUCAAUUUAAGCGACAAUAGAUUAAAAAACCUUCCGUUCACUUUCACAAAACUAAAAGAUCUUGCUGCUCUUUGGCUAUCAGACAAUCAGUCCAAGGCCCUGAUCCCUCUCCAGACCGAGGCCCAUCCAGAGACCAAGCAGAGGGUCCUCACCAACUACAUGUUCCCUCAGCAACCACGACAUGAUGAGGACUACCAGUCAGACAGUGACAGUUUCAACCCCACCUUAUGGGAGGAACAGCGUCAGCAGAGGAUGACUGUGGCCUUUGAGUUCGAGGAGAAGAAGGAGGAAGAGGACAACUCUGGAAAAGUCAAGGUUGAGAUCAAUCUGAAGCGCUACCCUACACCAUACCCAGAGGAUCUGAAGAACAUGGUGAAGUCAGUGCAGAACAUGGUGGGCAAGAACCAGCAUCCCCUCAGCACUAACUGCUCUGGUACCAAUAUGGAGUCACGAAAACAAGAACAGUAUGAGCCCCCCUGGCCCAUGCCCCCCAAAGAGGUGAUGGAGAGAGAGAUGAAAGAGAGAGAAAGAGAGUUCAACAAGACUCAGAUGACAGAGCAGGGUGUAAUCCACAAUUCUGCCAUCGACAUCCCAAAGCGCAAGGACAAGGAGGAUCUGACUGAGAGCUCAGAGGAUUCUAUGGGCGGCUCUCCGAAUGACAUCCGUAUCUCUGAUAUGAGGCCCACCCUGGUGGAACCGCCCAUGUACAAACCAAAAGUUGUAUUACUGGGGAAAGACCAGAAAGAAUCUAUAGAUGAGUCAGACCCAGACAAGAUGCAUUGCCUGAACAACAGUGGCUCGUCGGCCACCUACUCAGACUACUCUCCGUCCCAGGGUUCUUCUGGCUCUUCCAACCCCCCGGGGAACGGGUCCACCCUGCAGGCUGCUGGGAAGGAUGGAGGAGUGCCUCAACAACACUGGACCAACAGGCUGGCCCAGCAGUUCCCCAAGCCGAUCGAGACCAAGCCCCUACUGAGUCAGAGAGACCCCAGAGAGACCCCUCCCUCCAGCACACUACAGCAGCGCAGCGAGCGGCGCCCCCUCAGCGACACCUUUGACCAGUGGAAUGACUCCUCCCACUAUGACAACACAGGCUUCGUGUCUGAAGAGGCUCCUCUGGAGACUCCCAGUGGUAGCAGCAGUGGUAACCCCAUGCUGGGCUCCAAGUCCUGCAGCGCCUCCACCUCCCAUGGGGGCCGCCGGCCCCUCAUGAGGCAGGAGCGCAUCGUGGGCAUCCCCUUGGAGCUGCAGGAUGCCCCUCACCAACACCCCUCCCACCAAUUCCAUAAUGUCCGCAACACACCCGAAACUGAAGUAUCUCAGCCUCCCCCUCCCAACCCGUGGCAGAACUGGACGAGGACGCCCAGUCCCUUCGAGGACCGCACGGCUUUCCCCUCAAAGCUGAGCUCCCCAGGCAACAGCCCCAAUCCUGACCGCAACGACUUUGAGCAGGAGAUGCACCAUGGAGAGCUGCCGGGCGCGUUCCCCUCCACAGGAACGUGGGGUUACCUAGACUCCAGGAACUCUGGGCAGGGGCGCAGCAGCCAGCAGGCCAACAUGUACCAACAUGUCCAAUCCAAGCCCACUAGACCAAGCUCUGGGGCCAUGGUCAUGAGCAAGAGCUCUGAGCGCCUCUCUCCCAUGAUGAAGGAGGUGAAGGCUAAGUUCAAGAAGUCCCAGAGCAUUGAUGAGAUAGACAUGGGCUCCUACAAUGUGUACAGUAUUCCCGUGGCCACCUACAGCUCCAGCAUAGAGAAUCAGGGGAGUGUUGACCGUCCAGACAUGCCCGGCCCCAUGGAGCAGAGCAUGUCCCGGAGCCAGUCUGCCCCCAUGCUGGACGAUGAUGAUGCCUACGGAACUAAUAGCCAGCAGCAGAAGCCUUCCAUCCCCAAGAAGGUCUACCACUUCGACCAGAGCUUCAACCCUCAGGGGGCUAUGGAUUUGAGGAAUCAGCAGCAGGAGAGGAGGGCCCCUCCACCCUUCCCCAACACCCCUGAGUAUGUCAACCAUCCGGGGAAGACCCUGCCCAAGGAGCUGGUGAGCCCCAGGGGCUACCGGGGUUACCCUCCAAUGGACCAGAUGUUCUCCUACUCUCAGCCCUCAGUCAACGAGGAUAACCAGCCGCCCCAGCAGCUGCAACCUUUCCCCAUCCCCAGUCAGCGCUCCCGGCCUGGGUUCCUGAGGCGGGCCGACUCCCUGGUCAGCUCCACAGAGCUGGCCCUGUUCCGCAGGGUUCAGGAGGCCCAGGAGAUGCAGCAGAAGUCGGACCACUAUGGCCGGCAGCAUUUCAAAGGCAUGUUGGAGCACCAGAACAGUCUGGCCAGCAUGGCCCAGCAGGACCAACAGUACAACAAGAGGAACGGCAGAUACGAGGAAGACUACUCCUCCUACCAGGAGCCUAAGAAGCCCAUCAUGGGCUACCCCACUAAGAGCCUGACACAGCGGCGGCCUCUGUCGGCCAGGAGUUACAGCACGGAGACGUUCGGGGCGUCCCAGGCCAGGCCUGUGUCUGCCAGACCCACCAUGGCUGCCUUGUUGGAGAAGAUGCCCCCAGAUUAUAAUCUGAGCACUUGCACUGAGAAUAUAAAGAGCCCUGAUGAGAUGAAAAUGCGCACCAUGCAGCUGCAGUAUAAGCCUGACGAUAUGUCCUCUAAGAUGCCAGUAGACUGGAGGCAACAGCUGCUUAGACAUAUAGAGGCCAAACGAUUAGACCGGAGCGCUGUCCUUAAGCACAACACAGUAAACUUCGGCAUGCUGUGCUCUGGAGGCUAUGCUGCACCGCAUGCCAGCAGAAGCAUGACAAUAAACUUUUACAAUAACAUGAAUAAGCAUGAAAACCAAACAACACAGUGGCUACAUCUACCCAAUACCCCCUCUCAACAGAGCAAUAUAUUGGACAACGGCCAGGAGGUGGUCUCUCCCACUACUCAGUGGGCCCCCUACUCACUGGGCAGGAGAGACGUGCCCCCAGAAAACAUCAUGAAAAAGCUUCCUGACUCUUUGCCUAACGGGUUGAAUUACCCACAGGCAGGCGGCCACCACCACCACCCCCAACAAUCACAGACCAUGAUCGUGACAUCCACAUCGGCCACACCCCCACACCGCUCAGUGCGGGACCAGCAGUAUGAGGGUGCCAUCAACAAGAUCUCCAUCCAACAGUACCAGUCUCCCCUGCCCAUGGCCACCACCACCCGUCCCCAGAGUGCACGCUGCCUCAUCCAGACCAAAGGCCAGAAGAGCAUGGACGACUUCCAGGAGCAGUUCUGUGUGCGGAUAGAGAAGAAUCCAGGUUUAGGGUUCAGCAUCUCAGGGGGAAUCAGUGGCCAAGGGAACCCUUUCAAGCCUUCUGACAUGGGUAUCUUUGUUACUAGGGUACAGCCUGAUGGACCGGCCUCCAACCUGCUACAGCCUGGGGACAAAAUACUGAAGGCCAAUGGACAUAGUUUUUUACACAUGGAACAUGAAACUGCUGUGUCUCUUCUGAAGAAUUUCCAGAAAACUGUGGACUUAGUAAUCUUGAGGGAGAGCACAAUUUAAAUAUUUUUUUAUAACACCAUUGCUUCUCUCCCAACGGGUUGUGGAAAUGUAUACAACCGGUUUUUAUCUAGGAACAGUGACAUUUGCCGAUUGCUGGACCAAUGGCAAAUACCAGUGCCAAAUGUACUAUAGGAUACAUAUCUUAUAACCUAUCUAUGAAUUUUAUGUAAACAGGAAUUGUAUCUCUUGAGUUGAUGUGAAGGAAAGUCAUUUUUGUCAUAGGUUGGAGGUUGGAGCAAUUUUCUUAGUUUUUAUUUGGACAUUUUUUGCGUAUUUAUAUUGCCUUUUAUUUUGUACCUUUUUCAUUGUAGCUUCUCAUUUUACUCCCAGAGCAUGAAAACACACUAGCUCUUUAGGAAUUCUAAUCACCAUAAACACUGCCUCAACUUUGUAUAUGCCGUGGGUAAAUAUUUUCAUUUACAAUAAAGACAUGAACAGUA